CAUUAUAGAAGAGUGCCAUCUAAUCAUCAUUCCUCUUAAUAAUGUUAACUGACACUCACCCUGUUUCUACCUCUCUCUCUCUGUGUGUGUGUGUGUGUGUGUGUGUGUGUGUGUGUGUGUGUGGGUGUCUUACAGGACCCCUCGUUCGGCCUGCUUCUGCACGAUAAGCUGCAGGUCCCCAACAGCACGCGCAAGGCGUGGACCGAGCAGGAGAGCCGGUGCCCGGUGUGCGCCACGCACCUCAGCCAGCUCAAGCAGGAGGCCGUGCACAUGGUGCUGACGCUGGACCAGUGCGACGUGCCGCCCGGCUCGCCCCCGUCCCUCGCCAGCCUGGGGAGCGUGCGCGUCCCCGGCGCCAACCCCAACCCCGCGCGGGACUGGGCCUUUUUGCCCGCCACCUACCACUCGUCGCCAUCCUCUUCCUCCUCCGCGGCGGUACCGUCCAUGCCCGUCUCCGGUGGCAACAGCACGGGGAGCGCCAACGUCUCCAGCGGCAGCAGCAGCGGUGGUGGUGGGGGCAUCAGUGGCAAUGGAGGAGGAGGAGGCGGCGGAGGUGGCAUCGGGGGUGUCCACCACCACCAGGGCUACCCCAAGCACGGCGGCGCCAAGCCCAACAGCCUGGGGGUGAGUAGCGCGCCCGAGCGCAGGAACGGCUCCCUGAGCCACGCGGGCAAAGCUGGCACAGCUGGCACAGCUCAGACGCCGCUGCAGACGCAGCUCCUCAUGGGCACUGCCAGCGCCAGCACUGGCGCCAACAGUAACGUGCUCAGCUCAGUCGCCCUGGCAACGCACCAGUACCUGGAAGGCUCCUGGUCCAUGACUCGCGCCAACGGGGUCACCCUCUACCCUUACAAGAUCUCACAGAUGGUCCCCGAAGGAAACCGGGAGGGGUUGACCGAAGCCGCACUGAACCGCUACAACGCCGACCGGCCAACUAGCCACAGCACCCACAGCACUCCUGCCCCGCCACCUCCCGCAGUCACCACAGCGCCCUCUAGUGGCACCUCCGCAGCUGCGUCCUUCUUCGCCCGGUAGGCCUCACCACUAACCUCCAGUCUCAUGAUUAGCCUAGCCAGGGAGCUCCAGUCUCCAGUGGUUCCUUAUAGCAGUGAAAUUAGCCUGGAUUUAGCCCUGAUUGAGCCCUGACCUGUUCCUCA